CACUAGCUGCUGAGAAACACCCAAGUAGCAAAUUAGACUACAGAAUAACCUACUUCAAGAUUUCAUUUAUGUUUUCUGCCUGAACAAUUUUUCACGAUUUUUACAUAAAUGGAUCUAUUGCUAAUUUUACAGGCAAACCUUCUAUCAGUAGUUGUGGCAUCUGUUUUAUUUCUAAUAUGGAAGCAUACUGGUAAAGGAAUCCAGAGUAUUUAUGGAAGGCUCCCUCCAGGUCCGACUCCUGCACCAGUAGUUGGAAAUUUUCAUCAGGUUUAUACAAAGGAGCCAUAUAAAUAUUACCUAGAGCUAAGUAGAAAGUAUGGCCCUGUCCUUACCAUCUGGUUUGCCAACACUCCUGCUGUGGUGAUUGCUGGAUAUCAAGCCCUGAAGGACUCUAUGAUUGGCAUGGCGGAAGAGUUCAGUGGCAGAUUGAACUACCCACUUUUAAUGAAUUCCACCAAUGGAUAUGGUGUUCUGGUGAGUAAUGGAAACAGGUGGAAGCAGCUUCGCAGGUUCUGUCUUGCAACACUGAAGCAUUUUGGAAUGGGUCGAAGGAGCAUUGAGGACAAGGUGAAGGAGGAAGCCCAGUGUUUGGUUCAAACAUUCAGCACAUUUGCAGAUUCUGCUUUCAGUCCCAAAUACUCAUUAACUAAAGCAGUGAGCAAUGUGAUUUCCUCUGUUAUCUUCGGCCACAGAUUUGAGUCUGAGGAUCCACAGUUCAAGAAUAUCCUCGAGGGCACUGAUGCUUACUUUAAUGUCUUAUCUAGUCCUCUGGGACAGGCCUAUAACGUCUUCCCUAGAUUGCUUGGCCUCUUCUCUGGACAGCUCCAUGAUAUGUUCAAAGCGCUUGAAAAGGUCAGAGCUCAUCUAAGACUUGAGGUAGAGGCAAGGAUGAAAACACUAGAUCUUACUUCACCACCGCAGGACUUCCUAGAGGCCUGCGUUAUAAAGAUUGAAGAGGAGAAACACAAUCCUAAUACAGAAUUUAAUUUUGACAACAUGUUGAGCACAGCCUGGAACUUGUUUAGUGCUGGCAUUGAGACCACCUCCUGUACUCUCAGACAGGGCCUGCUGCUCAUGAUGAAGUAUCCAGAUGUCCAAGCCCGGGUUCAGAAGGAGAUUGAUGUGGUGGUGGGGCCAGACCGGUGGCCUUCCCUGGAUGACAGACAGAACUUGCCAUAUACAGAUGCAGUUAUCCAUGAGAUCCAGCGUAGCAUGGACCUCACACCUACUGCUGUUCCACACAAAAUGCUCCAUGACACUGAGUUUAACAACUAUCUCAUCCCCAAGGGAACAAUUAUUCUUCCAUUGCUAUCCUCUGUACUCUCUGACCCUAAGCUAUGGAAGAACCCAGACCAUUUUGACCCAAACAACUUCCUUGAUGAAGAGGGACAAUUCAAGAAGAAUGAUGCAUUUGUUGUGUUUGGAAUGGGCAAGCGGGCCUGUCUGGGUGAAGCUCUAGCCCGGGUGGAGCUCUUCAUCUUCUUCACCUCUCUCCUCCAGCACUUCACCUUCAAGGCCACCCAGGCGCCUGAGGAGCUCGAGACCACUCCCCUCAUCUGCAGCUUUGGCCGUGUUCCCCUCUCCUAUGAAUGCUUUGCUGUGCGCAGGGCAUAGACAGCACUCAAUUACACCAGUAACAGUAGCUACAUGCUAGGUCUGCGGUUACAAUUUUGUUUCAAAUGAGAGCAGGUGUAUUCAUAUUAUGAAUUUGUAUCAGGUGUAUCAUGCCAGGGCUCAUUAACUCUCAGGUAUGUACAUGUUACGUAUGGAUCUUGGCCUUAUUGAUCUGAUCUGAAAAUCUGCACACUGAAGUGGCCUGGUUCACCUUGUUACUGGAUCUCAAUUGUGUAUGCACAUUUUGUCCAAACACUAGAUUUAUAGCCCUGAUGUGUUCCAUACUGCUAUAUACACAUAUAAAACAGGAAAGCAUGUUAUUGUUUUGUGUCUCAGAACUGUAGUCAGUUGCUAGUGUGCUAAAGCGCAAUUACCAUUGUAAGCCCUCAUUAAGCCCUAAUAUCUGUUACAAAAGCCUUUUAUGAUCAUGUGCUUAGUAAAAAACAAGAAUCAUUUCUCUUGCACCCAACACAAUUUCCCUCACCCGAAAACCUAUGAGCUGAGAUCCAACAAUUGGAAUAAUAGUUCAAAUUAUUUGAAUAUUAAAAAUUCAAAUAUAACACUGGCCUGGCAUCUUAAUUAUGCAUUUCUAAAACAGACUAAGUCUAAUUUGAUCAUAUCCUCAACAAGUUCACACUGUUGAUUAUAAAUUUAUACUUGUGCAAAUGACAUUGUUUCAUAUUCAGCUACUUUGUUCUAACAGAUGUAUUAACUGUUUCCAAUGUAUUUGCACAAAAUUCAGCUGAGCAAAACGUUCAUUACUUAACUCCAAUAAAGGAAGAAUAUAAAAUGACAAUGUGAUUGCAAUAAGUGCUACUACUAUCAUUAAAACUAUUCAAGUCUG